UUGGAGCUAUUUGGACGACUCCCGAAUGUUCGAAUUCUUGUUUGUGGUGGUGAUGGUACGGUCGGGUGGAUUUUAUCGGAAAUUGAUUCUCUUGCUCUUUAUCCGUCUCCGCCUGUCGCAAUCUUGCCACUCGGAACUGGAAACGACCUUGCGCGAACACUACAAUGGGGUCCGGGAUAUGCUGACGAACCUCUUUCAAAAUUCCUUACUUCCGUUGAGGAAGGACGCGUUGUUUUACUAGAUAGGUGGGACAUUACCAGCCGACCGUUGACAACAGAAGCCGCAGACUUCGAAGAUGAAGCGGAGCUCUCUUCGUCUGGUGGAGCUCAACUGUUGGAUAAGUUGCCCCUGAAUGUAAUGAACAACUACUUCUCUCUUGGUGCUGAUGCAGCCACAGCACUAGAGUUUCAUGAAUCUAGAGAAGCCAAUCCAGAUCGAUUCAACAGUCGAUUGAAGAACAAGAUCUUUUAUGCUGGGGUUGGUGGAAUGGAUUUGAUAAAGCGAACCUGGCGAGAUCUCUCCGAUUACGUCACCCUCGUGUGCGAUGGCGUUAAUAUGAACAAUAAAUUGCAAGAACUUCGGUCGCAUGUAUUGCUAUUUCUGAACAUUCCAAAGUAUAGUGCAGGAACUGUUCCCUGGGGUCAUUCGUCAGGAAUGGAUCAACAACAACGAAUUGAUGAUAAGAAAAUCGAGGUCAUCGGACUUUCUACGGCUUCGUUGGCAACAUUACAAAUGGGAGGACAUGGCGAUCGAAUAUGCCAGUGCUCAGAAGUGAUACUCACAACUCGAAAGACAAUUCCUAUGCAAAUUGAUGGGGAACCUUGCCGACUGGGACCAUCGAUCAUAGAGAUUCAACUGAGAAAUCAAGCUCACGUAGUACAGAAAACUCGGAGGAUUGAAGGCAAUUCUCCAGCACAUUUCGGCGUUACAAAUACAAGUGGUCGAUUGGUGAAAAUCUUUAUAAUUUACCCGGAUCCAAGCGAAAAACUGCAAUCCUUCGAUCAUCUUAUGAAGACAGCUCAGCACUUUGCAAGCCUUCGGAUAGGAGCUUAUUCAGAUUUGACUUCGGUUAGACGACAAAUUAAGCAUUCUCAUGGUAAACAUAGUUCAAAGGGGGAAUCAAUUAAACUUCCCAAUAAGUGGAUAUUUUUAGAUAUGACCGCAAUCAAUGGGCAAGUGUAUGGAAUUGAUUCGUGCUUGGAAUCUGCUCAUUUCAUCACAGACAUCUUGUCAAAUGACAGUGAGCUCUUCUUGAUUAGUCAAGAUGGAAAAUACGAUAAUCUUCCGGAUACACUUCGUUCAAAUAGCUCUGAAGAAAUUUCGAGAAAGUCAUCGGAGAGUUCACAAAUGAUGUGGGAAAAUAUAACACCAAUGGAGAGAAAGGAGUGUUGUGACUAUCAACCAAAGAGAUCAACGUUAUGCAAAUCGCUAUCUACAAUAUGUCUUCGGAGCAGUGUCUAUAAGGAAGUCAGUUUCACCGCUCAUCUCGACACAUCCAUAUCCUGUCCAAAUUUGAAUUCAGUCUCUCAAGAAAACCUCACUGAUGUAAUUCGAAAGCUGAGCCGUCAGGAAGUCAACUUUGUGGACACAGAUGAUAUUGAUUAUUACAUCCCUUCAACCUCUUCGGCAUUUCAACAGCGAAAACGUUUCCCCGAUUGGCGAAGAUGGCGACGCAUGCCGCCAAAGAUCCUUGUCUCCUUGGUGACGUGUAAAAGAGUGAAGGAGGGUAUUAUUGGGAUGGCUCCAGACCCCGUUCAGUCCUUGAGUAGUCUUCUUUCGGUGGCUGAACCGUCUUCUCCGGUUAAGGAGCCUCGGGUGGCAAAAAUAUCAGUGACUAGUGAUCCCGGCUUUUCGCCUAGUACACACAGAGUGAUAAGGAAUAAUUUGCGCACUUAUUAUUUAUCCGCCUGUCGAGCAGGUCAUAUUCAAGACGUCCAGUCUGCAUUGGAAGCUGGCAUAUCACCGCUGAUAUCCGAUCCAAUAACCGGUAAAACCGGCUUACACCAUGCGGCGAAAUUUGGCCGUAUUAACAUUCUUAACUUCCUCACGCAAAAUGCACCCAAAGAACUACUGGACAUGCAAGAUUACGACAAAAAACAAACAGCUUUGCAUAAAGCUGCUGCAGCUAAACGUCGGAGAGCUUGCGAAGUGUUAGUUCGAGCUGGUGCUUGUGCAAUUUGUCAAGAUAUCAAUGGGGAUACACCAAGUGCGCUUGCUCUAGCUGCAGGCGAUAAGAAACUUUCGAAUUUCCUUCAGAAGGAAGAACUGAUGCAACUAAUCAAAAAAAGUAAUGAAGAGGGAAUUUCAAAUUCCAGUGCCAAAUUAACAUCUUUAAGCAAUCUAAUGGCAUCUUCUCUUCCACCAACACCAUGA